GGCUCCAAGGCCGUGUCGGAGACGCCCGCCAUAGCAACCGUAUCCGAAGACGACGAUGAAGAUGAGGCUGAGCCCCCACCGGUGAUCGCCCCUCGGCCAGAACACACCAAAUCAAUAUACACUCGCUCAGUGAUCGAGCCGCUCCCUCCUCCUCCCACCAAAGAUGCUGCGACCUCCCCCAUCACCAUGCCGACAGCCGCUGGCACCCCCGCCCCUGCUGCAGAGGGAGCUCCCAGCAGCCCCCCCAGUGCAAGCCCCGCCCCCGGGCCUUCUGUGCCCCGCCCCCAGGACAAGACCAGGAAGAAGAAGAUGUCGGACGAGGAGAUCCUAGAGAAACUACGGACCAUCGUAAGUGUGGGAGACCCCAAGAAGAAGUAUACACGCUUUGAGAAGAUUGGACAGGGGGCGUCUGGGACGGUGUACACAGCCAUAGACAUCGCUACAGGACAGGAGGUGGCCAUCAAACAGAUGAACCUGCAGCAGCAGCCCAAGAAGGAACUGAUCAUCAAUGAGAUCCUGGUGAUGAGGGAAAAUAAGAAUCCAAACAUUGUCAACUACCUAGACAGUUACCUGGUUGGAGACGAGCUGUGGGUUGUGAUGGAGUACCUGGCCGGAGGGUCGCUGACUGACGUCGUCACGGAGACCUGCAUGGAUGAAGCCCAGAUAGCUGCUGUGUGUAGAGAGUGUCUCCAGGCGUUGGAGUUCCUCCACUCGAACCAGGUCAUCCAUCGAGACAUUAAGAGCGACAACAUCCUGCUGGGCAUGGAUGGCUCCGUCAAACUCACUGACUUUGGGUUCUGCGCUCAGAUCACUCCGGAGCAGAGUAAACGCAGCACCAUGGUGGGGACUCCCUACUGGAUGGCUCCAGAGGUGGUGACCCGCAAAGCCUACGGCCCCAAAGUGGACAUCUGGUCUCUGGGCAUCAUGGCCAUAGAGAUGGUGGAGGGGGAGCCGCCGUACCUGAACGAAAACCCCCUGAGGGCGCUGUAUCUCAUAGCAACCAACGGGACUCCGGAGCUGCAGAACCCGGAGAAGCUGUCGACGACCUUUAGAGACUUUCUGACCCGAUGUCUGGAGAUGGACGUGGAGAAGAGAGGCUCGGCUAAAGAGCUGCUGCAGCAUCAGUUCCUGAAGAUGGCGAAGCCCCUCUCCAGUAUGACUCCUCUCAUCGUGGCCGCCAAGGAGGCUGCCAAGAACAACCGCUAGCCCCCCACUCAACAUUCUGUCUGUCCCUCGCUGUCUCUGUCCCUUUCUGUCCCUCUCUCUGUCCCUCCCCCUGUCUCUCUUUCUGUCCCUCUCUCUGUCC